AUGGACGAAGCGCAAGGCGAGAGGUUGGCUCCUAUCAAGCAGAGGAAGUUUAUGGGUGUGACAUUGGCACCAUGGCGAUCACCACUAUCUCAAGUGAUUCUUGUCGGCUUCGUGUGUUUCUUAUGUCCUGGAAUGUUUAAUGCCCUCGGAGGAAUCGGUGGAGGAGGCCAACUGGAUACAAGUAUUCAGUCAAAUGCCAACACGGCGCUCUACACCACCUUUGCUGUCUUCGGCUUUGUCGCUGGGACGUUUCUCAACUACUUCGGUGCGAAAUCAACUCUUGCGUUCGGAGGUGUCGGAUAUGCCGUCUACGCAGCGUCGUUCCUGUGCUACAACCACACAGAGAACCGCCCAUUUGUUAUCUUUGCGGGUGCGCUGUUGGGUGUUUGUGCUGCGCUGCUGUGGUGUGCUCAGGGAACUAUCAUGAUGUCAUACCCGAUCGAGAGCGAGAAGGGGAGAUACAUCGGCAUGUUUUGGGGGAUCUUCAACACUGGUGCUGUUAUUGGCUCGAUCAUUCCAAUCGCUGCGAAUUGGAACGACCCAAACGCACUUCACGUCUCUGACGGCACCUACAUUGGGUUUCUCGUCCUUAUGCUAGCCGGUGCUUUCCUCGCUUUCUUCCUUGUCCCACCAGACAGAAUCAUCCGUAAGGACGGCACCCGCGUGCAACGGAUCCAGCACCCCUCAGCCAUAUCCGAGAUUAAAGGGCUCUGGGCCACCCUAAAGAGCGACUCCUACAUCUUGCUUCUCUUCCCAUUUUUCUGGGCGAGUAACUGGUUCUACACAUAUCAGCAAAACAGCUACAAUGUGUACAUGUUCAACCUCCGUGGGAGAACAUUCACAAACUUGUGGUACUGGCUGGCGCAGAUUAUUGGCGCAUUGAUGUUUGGAUUUUUCUUGGACAAUAAGAAGAUGUCGAGGAGAACAAGGGCGAUUUCUGGAUGGGUUAUUCUUUUUGCGGUUGUUAAUGCAACAUGGGGAGGUGGGCUUAAGCCGCUUAUUGGUUCCACCCGCGAGAAGGUGGCACUUGAGCAGAAUCCCAAUUUGGAUGUCUUUGAUACGGAUUACACAUGGUAUUUGAUUCUGUACCUCUUCUACGGGUUCCUCGAUGCCGUUUGGCAGACAUACGCAUACUGGCUCAUGGGCGCUCUCUCAAACGAGCCUCGCAAGCUAGCCUACUUUGCCGGGUUCUACAAAGGGAUCCAGUCUGCCGGUGCCGCGGUCGUGUGGAGUCUUGACGCCAAUAAGCACAGCUACUACGUUCUGUUUGGAACAUCAUGGGGUCUGUGUGUUGUAGGAAUGCUCUUUGCCAUUCCAGUCAUCUGGUGGAGAGUACACGACACGGAGAUCACUGAGUUGGACUUUGUGAGGCCGGACGAGAAGAACAUGAGGGUGAGCGAGGGCGAGGGCGAGGAGUCGAGGGCUUAG